CACAUAUGAUCCGGUUUUGCUAGUUCAGUUAAUGCAGCUCCUGAUUUUGUACAGUUGGUCGGUUCAGCUGCAUACUUCUUUUUAAUCUUCCACAGCUUUGCUCAAAUGAAUCUUUAUGCCAAGUUACUGCUGCUGGGCAGCAUAUGCGUUGCUUUCAUCGCGGUUCGAUGGAGUGCUCCGUCAUUUAAUAAGGAGUCCUUGAAAGGUGCCAGGGUGCUGGUGACUGGUGCCAGUACUGGCAUCGGCGAGCAGUUGGCGUACCACUAUGCUCGUUUAGGAGCCCAACUCGUUAUCACAGCGAGGAGAGGAAAUGUCCUAGAGCAGGUUGUGAGUAAGUGCUUGGAAAUUGGGGCUCAAAGGGCCUUGUUUAUCCCUGCGGACAUGGCGAGCCCCUCCGAUGCUGAAAGCGUGGUGCAGUACGCCAUCGAAAAGCUUGGGGGUCUGGAUUACCUGGUUCUGAACCACAUUGGGCCCAGUCCAUACAGAAUGUGGGAUGGAGACGUGGAGCACACACGAUGGCUGCUAGAGGUGAAUUUUCUUAGUUAUGUACAGAUGACUCAGAAAGCUUUGCCUGCUCUUGAAAAGAGUAACGGAUCAAUAGUUGUUGUUUCCUCCCUGCUAGGAAAAAUGUGCGGCCCCUUUGCUUUGCCGUAUGCUGCAACAAAGUUUGCACUCAAUGGUUUCUUUGGAGGCCUUCAGCAUGAGCUAGCUAUGCAAAAAAGCAAUGUGUCCAUAACCAUCUGCAUACUCGGCCUGAUCGACACAGAUAGUGCCAUGGAGAAAAUCAAAGGUUACAUCAAUAUGACCGCCUACCCUGCACACGAAGCCGCCUGGCACAUUAUCGAAGCUGGAGCGUCUCGACAGCCUGAGACCUUCUACCCUUGGUACACCUUCUACGCCUGUCUCUUCAGGGAUUGGUUCCCCUACUUAAGGGAUCAGGCGAUUCAAAACUCCUACACAUAUAAUCCACAAGUUAAUAAGGAACCAGUUACUGGAAGCUGACAGUUUCAUCGAAAUCUUUGUGUGGAGCAAAGCAUUAGCCGUUAACGCAUGUGCUUUGACACACCAAGCCCAUGGUGCUCUUGAGGGAGAGGAGUUCUUCUCCCUGUUGUUAAAGACCAAAAAUAAAGCUUUAUAAUGAAAUAACAUUAAACCUGCUGAGAAAUAUUUUAUGAUUAAAGUGAUUUGUAGUACAUCAUCAAGAACAUAUUGCUGCUUUUAAGAUUAAGAGUUUAAACAUUGUGUAUUUUGUCUGUUCAUAAACUUUAUGCACAUUUUGGCAGAAGCUGUUUGCAAAGUCUGUUAAAAACCAUAUAUUUCAUGUAAUCAGGAUGUGAAAUGGAAGAUGCUUUGUCUGUGUAGACUAAACUACUUCACUAAUGUAAAGCACUCUGAACUUACCUCAUAUUUUCUUAUCAGUUACACACAUUAUCAAUGUGUCUGAGGCAAAUACCUUGUAUAGACUCAACAAUAAAGACGUUCCAAUAAAA